CAACCUUCAACCUUCAAGCUUCAAGCUUCAAGCUUCAAGCUUGCUUACUGAAAAAAAAAACAGCAGACAAAAACCAUGAAGCUGCUCUCUCCUUCACUCAAAUUCUCUUCACUUCAUAUCCCUCCACCAAAUUAUAAUCCUAAUCCCCAUUUCAAAUACCCAUCUCGAAGGCCAAAUCCCAUUGUAAAUUGCACCACCAGCAGUCGAAAAUUAAACUUAGAAUCAAGGCCAUCUGUUCCAUCACAGCCUAAUGAACUUGACUGCGUCGGAACUGGACUCGACGUGGAGUGUGUCAUCAAUGAAAGUGGCAGCAAUGGCACUACAGUGUCCACGUCAUCAGAAUUAGAAGGAGAAGUGAAAAGUAAGGAUGUGUGGUUGGAAAUGGUGGUGGAGAAUGGAGUGUUGGUUUCGCCGUUUUUCUUUUGGGGUACGGCUAUGGUGGCAAUGAAGGAGGUUUUGCCUGUUACUGGGCCCUUCUUUGUGGCGUCUUUUCGGCUUAUUCCUGCUGGUUUGUUGUUAGUUGGUUUUGCUGCUUAUAAACAAAAGCCUUUUCCCUCUGGGUUUAAUGCUUGGUUCUCUAUCACUCUCUUCGGACUCGUUGAUGCCGCCUUUUUCCAGGGGUUUCUUGCUGAAGGGUUGCAGAGGACGUCUGCUGGUUUAGGCAGUGUCAUAAUUGACUCGCAACCUCUAACCGUGGCUGUACUUGCAGCCUUCUUAUUUGGUGAAACCAUUGGGUUCAUUGGAGCUGGAGGCCUUGUACUUGGUGUUGUAGGACUUGUACUUCUUGAGGCACCUGCUCUUUCUAUUGACCAGAGUAAUUUUUCUCUGUGGGAAAGUGGAGAAUGGUGGAUGCUUCUUGCUGCUCAGAGCAUGGCAGUAGGCACAGUCAUGGUCCGCUGGGUCUCAAAGUACUCUGAUUCUAUUAUGGCAACUGGAUGGCACAUGAUUAUUGGUGGUCUUCCUCUUGCAGUAAUCUCUGUACUCAAUCAUGAUCCCGCCUUUAGUGGCAGUCUCAGUGAACUUACAGCAAAUGAUGUAUUAGCACUGCUUUAUACCUCUAUUUUUGGAAGUGCUGUCAGUUAUGGUGUAUUCUUCUACAGUGCAACAAAAGGUAGCCUGACAAAGCUCAGUUCUCUCACCUUUUUAACCCCGAUGUUUGCUUCACUUUUCGGGUUUCUGUAUCUUGGCGAGACCUUGUCACCUUUACAAGUGGUUGGAGCUGCUGUUACUUUGAUAGGAAUAUACAUGGUUAAUUACCGCAGCAGCGUUGACUGAAGCACUUGGUCUAUAAGGGGUUGUUCGACAUAAUAGAGUAUAUUAUGUAACCGGGUUGGCUCAUGAAUCGCUAUUCUUUAGGCUCUUGAUCUCUAUACCAUCUCAUCUAAAGAACUUGUAUUUACAAUUUAGAAUAUAGUUGAUAAAACCAGAAAACACGGCUCGGAUCCACCAUCAUUGCUUGAAAGGGAGCAGAAACUUGGGAACUCUCUUCCGGCUACAUCUGAUAUGAAAUGCUCCUUGCUCUGGAACCUUAUCACCUAAAGACAAUUAUGCAUCCAUUAUCGAGGCUUUGCAAGGACAGUAAAUUUUACAUCAUCAGUCUGUCUCGGACAAGAAAAAGGUCGGAUGGUGGAUGCGAGAGCCUGCACGCAUGCAUUCGACUGCCAAACUCGGAGGUUUUCUUAAGCUGCAAGGUAAUCUCAUAGUAUUAAAGUUAGAAUUUUGUAAAUCACAUAAUGUUCUAUAUACUACAUUAGUACAUUAUUUACAAUAGUGUUUGUAAAUUUUAAAGCUUCUGCUUCUGUAAAUGGAGAGUAAUCUCUCUGGCCUUGAAAUUUUGAAGUUCUGUUGAUUGACCAAGCUAAA